UGCUUCGGGACAGUUUCUGGUUCUGGUUCUGGUUGUUUGUCUGCUCGGGGGUCUAGUCUCAGUCUUCAGUGGGCCGCGAACGCGAAAGAUGUGCGCCGAGGGCCGCGAUUCGAGUCGGUGUAAAUAGGGAACCGCUUUCAAGGUCUUGGGGACAGAUUUUGUCAAUCGGCAGAGACAGAGGCUUUGAUUGUUUGGCGCCAUGUGCUGUUGGUGUGCCCGAGUCUACUGGACGGUUCUGCACAACCUUUUUGCCCGCUUCCUCGGUAGUAUCGAAGAGCAGAACUGCUGCCGCUGCUGCGCCGGAUACCAGCGUCAGGCGAGUGACGACGAUGACGUCGAUGUCGAUGUCGGCAAACAAGUUUCCGAUACUGAUGACGAACCACAGCAGCAGCCCCAGCGCGAUUAUGUCACUGCGGAUGAUACAGAGGCAAACUACUCGGAAAUCGAGGAGCACAACAUCGAGACUGAGGCCUACUACUUCACAGUGGACCGUCCCAUUGCUGAGCGAAUGCUGGCCGGAAGGGAGGACGGUGCUUGCCUUGUGCGACCUUUCAAGACCACCGACGUCUGUAUUAAAUACAUCGUGAGUAUCUGCGUCGGCGACCAGUUUUACCAUCUGUUCGUGCGACAGAUAGACAGGAGGCAACGCUUCGCCAUAGGACAGAAGAAGCUCCACGAGCGGAUCUUUGCCUCUCCCCGCGAGAUCGUCGACUUCUAUUCCGAGCACCCACUGCUCUGCACCAAUAAAAGCCAGAGUCAGUGCGUUCGUCUGACGCCUAUCAGCUAUGCUUAGAUAGAGUUACUCUAUUUUAAGUAAGAGUUGAAAUAUGUACAAAUUGUGUAAAAGUAUCUUAAGAUAAGUUGGGUAUGGUUUGUUCCGUCCCGGACCUCAGGUGGCCACUACUGCCUUGAAGGCGCACUGGUUAUUCUGCAUCAGGGCCGGCCAAAGGAAGGCCUUAAUAAGGUCCGAGCGUCGGUCAGAUUUCGGAUGACGUUCGUGCUUCUCGGGCCGGAGGAAGCCUAAGUGGAUUAAAACAAAAUUUUAAGCGUAUUAUGAUUAAUAUUAAACAAAAUGUUCUUACCCAGA